CCGUCAGCUGUUGCUGUUUAUUGUUUAGGUUCAGUGGGCUUGUAUAGUUUUGUCAUUGUUACAAAAGUAAAAUAAUAUUAUAAUUUAAGGAAGUAAAGAUAAAAUAUUUCAAAUUUACAAAGCAAUGCAUUCUCAAGUGGAAACUAUCGAGUCAACGAUAGACAUGUGUUUAAAAGUUAUAAAAAUGUUUGAAUGGCUCUUGGAUCUUUAUGUUUUGGAUUUCUUUGUGGACAAUCACUGGGAAAAACUACCAGCAACAUGGCAACAGAGCUUAGAAAAACUAGACCCAAAAGAUCUGGGGGACAUUCUCUCAGGAAACAAAACAGUACAUAUCUUGCCCCUUUCACUUCUUGCACUUUUCAAGACUAUUAAAAGCUUAAAUAUACCUCGACAAGGCUACAACAGUAUAAGAAGUAAUAAGGUUAUCAACAAAUGUAGCUGUGACCAUCCCAAACUAAAGAAUCUAUUUAUAAAGCAUGUCAAGUUGAAGAAAAGACAUGAAGCGAAUACAAUGGCUGAGUUUGUCAGUAUAUACGCCAGACAGAGCAAUUGUAACGCUGUUGUAGAUUUUGGGUCUGGCUUAGGACAUCUUAUUAGAAUAUUGUCUUAUAAAUAUAAUGUCCAUUCAGUAGGCAUUGAGAUGCAAACCCGACUGACAGAGGAAGCUAGGAAGCUUGACUCGGAACUAGAAUACACCGUCAAAAAAUAUCUCACGGAGGAGCAAAUGUCUAAUCUUAUCAGGCCAAUACACUGUAAUAUAACUCUGUCAUCUAUAGAGCAAUUGCGAGAACUAGCACUGCCAGUUAGUGUGCUGAAUUAUGGGCUUAUUGGUCUGCAUCCCUGCGGAGAUUUAGGCCCAUUGCUGAUCAAGCAUUUUGUUAAUUCCAAUGAGGUCAAGUUCAUAUGCGUAGUCGGUUGUUGUUACAUGAAGCUGUCAUGCAAAGGGGAAUCUUGUAGCUAUCCCAUGAGCCGGUAUGUGGGUGGCUUGGACUGUGGACUUUCGUACAUCAGCAGAGAGAUCUCUUGUCACGCUAUAGAAACCUAUUGCGAGAGGCUGUGUAGAGGGGAAUAUAACGAUUUAAAGGUACAUGCCUUCAGAGCUGCCCUGGAGAAGUUACUAGUGCAGUUAGAUCCAGAACUAAAGCAUAUGCCCGUCAGGAGUGUCAAACAUACCAACAACAUGACUUUCAACAGUUAUUGUGAGGCUGCUCUCAACCAGAUAUCCGUUCAACCUUUAGAGUACGAUUCCGUGAAAGAAGAUUUAGGGCAGUGGAAAAAAGUCGUGAUACUCUAUACAUUGCGACUUGCUCUAGCACCUUUAGUUGAGACCGUGAUAUUGCUGGAUCGCGUUCUCUUUAUGCUGGAAAAUAAUAUAUCCUGCGCAAUAUACCCGGUGUUUGAUCCGAAAAUAUCGCCACGCAAUCAUAUAAUUGUAGGAAGAAAAUUGUGAUUUUAUUUAUAAUGUUUAUAACAUAUAUGUAAUGUAAUAAAUUAUAACAAAUAAAUAUUUAUAUGCCAACAGUGUAU